CAAACCCCAUUAUACUUCUUUCAACUGUUUCAAACUAUAUUUUAUUGGGCUUCUCCUUUUCUCACACCAUUCAUCUUCAAACCUCUGUAACCAACAUUUGUUGCACUAUAAAAUUUGACGUUUUCUUCUUCCCAUGAUCUCUAUAUAAGCAUUCCAAUUAACAUACCACUGUACAUCAAUACUACUUCUAGCUUCUCCAUGGCAGCUCAAGUUUUCAUGGUAUCGGAUUAGUUCGAAUUCCAACAGCUGAAUCUGGAAAUAUUGGUGUUGGAAAGACAAGCGCUUUUCAUCAUCAUCUUAUAAUAUUUUGGAGAUUUGUCAUAUAUAUAAUCUGACACUUUUUUAAGAAUGGACGGUUUGGGUUGGGAUGAUGGCUCACAAGUACUUGUAACAAACGCAGCAUCCAUGUGGAGUAAUAAUCAUCAGCAACAUGUUGAAGAAACCUUUGUUUUACAUCCAAUCGGGGAGCUGCAAGAGCCUCAAACAUCUCAAUUCUGUCCUUCCACUUUGAUCAAUAGGCCUUCCAAUAUCAUCAACCCUUUGAGCAGUUUCAUGUCUGAUUUCAGCCUCGCAAAACAAUCACAAACUGGCAAGGCUCCGGCAACAACAUGCUCUCUUGAGUCUCUGGAUUGCCUGCUGUCGGCUGCCAAUAGCAAAUCAGACACGUCGGUGGAAGAUGACAGAAUUUCCAUGAUUUUCUCCGACUGCAGAAACUUAUGGAACUUCGGUUCUGGCGGCAGUACUGCUGCAGUUUCGUCAGGGGAAUCCGAGAAUACUGCUCCCAAUUAUGUGAGAAACAAAGACAUGAACUGCAAAGUGAGUGAGCUGGACGAGGCAGUGUCUCAAACAUCCUCGGAUCUUUAUGUCAACAACCAUGGAAAGUUUCAAAUCAUAUCUGAGAAUCCGCCAAAACCGAAGAAACCCAGAUCGGAGAAGAGUCCGAGGACAUCCAACAUCAACUUCCAACAGACAAAUUCAUCGGUGUCCUCUUCCAUGGAGGAGCCUGAUCCAGAGGCCAUUGCACAGAUGAAGGAGAUGAUUUAUCGGGCCGCGGCUUUUAGGCCGGUGAACUUAGGCCUGGAGGUGGUGGAGAAGCCGAGGAGGAAGAAUGUGAGAAUAUCAAUGGAUCCUCAAACUGUGGCAGCAAGGCAAAGGAGGGAGAGGAUUAGUGAGAGAAUUAGGGUUUUGCAGAGGCUGGUCCCCGGUGGGAGCAAGAUGGACACUGCAUCAAUGCUUGAUGAGGCUGCAAACUACCUCAAGUUUCUCAGGUCACAAGUCAAAGCACUAGAAAAUCUAGGCCACAAACUUGACUCAAUCAAUUGUCCCUCUACUGACUUUGCUUUUUCUUUCAACCCCUCGUUUCCCAUGCAAAUCCAUUUACCACUCCAAAACCCUAACCAUAUCCACCAUUCAACCGGUUGAUCACAAUGUUAUUUAGUAGACUGUUGUACGACUAGGAUAACGUGGCAGUAAAAAUUAACUUUGG